UUUUAAUUACAAACAUAAGUGCAGCCGCUUACGUUUGUGAAAAACAUUUUCACGAAAAUGAUAUUAAAAAAGGUGAAGUUGUGCGCGAUGCUGAUGAAUUUAUUAUUGGAAUCCGAAAUCAUGUGAAACUGACCCACCCCUGUACCCACUUGCGUCCGACAUCUUGGUUUUUUAUCUCUUUUUUUUACAUAUGUUAGAGAGAGACGAAAUGAAAAGACAACUACCGCAAGUGGGUCGACACCAGAGGGCCUACGCAGCUCUGCGGUUCCCAAUGUAUUGUUGUCAGUUUUCGUCAAAACGACUGGUCAAGGGAGCUUUUCCUUGCAGUCAUGAUAAUUCCGAUUGUGAAGAGGAGUUUCUAUGUAGUAAAAGGUUUAAAAGUGAUGUGGAUGAAUGUUUCCCAGAAAAUCUUUUAGAAGAAAAUAUGGAUAUAGACGAUUUACCCUGUAAUAAAAGUGAAAUACAGGGAGAAUUAAUUAAUAGUAGCCUAAAGCCCGAAGAUCCUAAUGUCAACAAUACAGUUCCUAUAAUCAGUUUAUAUGAGGAUUUAGUACAAAAGUUAGGAAAUUUAAAGCUGCCAAGGGAUGAAUGGGGAAUAACGCACUGCAAGCAAACCAAAUUACUUGUUUUUCCUUUUCUAAAAGUAAUUCCAUCUUCUACUAGCAGAAGUGUUACACCAACUUUCACUAAACAGGUAACGGUUAAUGGUGAAUCUGAGGUGCAAUUGAUAUUCUUAGGACAAAGUCUUGAAUUGGAUUGCGUAAAAAACAAACCAUCAAGUUUCAAGGAGUUUGAAAAAUUACUUUUUGAAAUAGAUAAAUUGGAAACUUGUGUAGGAGGUCCCGGCAGCCAUCUGUAUAAAAAUAUUCAUCCUGAGUGUGCACAAAGAGAUUGAGUAACGUGGAGGCAUAACAAAUGUCCAAAAGUUAUGGACAACGUAACCGUACAUGAAACUGAAGUUACCAACGUUGAUUCAACGAAAAACUUAAAAAAAAAAUUUCUCAGGAUACAAAUUUUUCUUGAUUACU